GCCAAAACGCCCGCGAGCUUUGUGGUAAUUUUGAAAAUUUCCAUCUGUCCAACUCGUAACCCGGCCAAUUUCUUUUGUCGCCAACCAGGGAUAAGUGUGGGAGGUGAUGCUCGCAUCGACUCGCCAACCAGGCAGAUCCGUCUUCCGUGCCUCGUCUGCUCUGCCCUCUCUCAACACCCCGACAUGUCGCUUCUUUGGAACCACCCGCCACGUCAAUAGACAAUUUACCCUUUCCUACUCCCGGGACAAGAACCAUGACUCCAACAACCGCAACGCCAGGAGGAGGGACGCUCCUACCAAAGGCCGACUCUCUUUUACCCGCAAUGAACAGGCUCGCCCGAGGCUCAAGUUUAUCGACGUCCUCAAAGGCCAACUGGAUGCGCUCAAGCUGGAAUUGAACGGCACUCCCAUAGGUCAAGACCUCGAAAGCAAAGGCAAAUUCAAGGAUGUGUGGAAAGCCUUCACAUCCGCCAUCUUCGCUCCUGGCGACCAAUCUUCCACCCAGCCUCUGGUUCUUGCCCGAAGGAAAGAACACCAAGCUCUUCGUGAUGCUUGGUUCGAACGAGGUGUCAACGGCUUGAACGACCGCAUUCGAUAUGCCUUUUACGACCACAUCACCACCGCUCGCUUCACCCCCUCCGAUAUUCGCAACCAGAAGAAUCUCGCCGAUCUAAGAUAUCCCACUGAAUGGUACCCCGCCACUCGCACCAUGCACCGAACUAUACAUCUUCACGUUGGUCCUACCAAUUCUGGCAAAACUUACCACGCCUUACAACGCCUGGAGCAAGCUGAUUCGGGUGUCUAUGCCGGUCCCCUGCGCCUGCUCGCUCACGAAGUCUACACAAGACUCAAUGCAAAAGGCAAGAACUGCAUGCUCAUUACUGGAGAGGAAAAACGCGCUCCCAGUGAUGAUAGCCUGACCUCCGACCUGACCAGUUGUACUGUCGAAAUGAUGCCUCUCAACAAGGAUGUCGAUGUCGCAGUCAUUGACGAAAUCCAGAUGAUAGGCAAUGCCGAGCGAGGUUGGGCCUGGACUCAAGCAGUACUCGGUGUCAAGGCUCGUGAAGUCCAUCUGUGUGGUGAGACUCGCACCGUCCCCUUGAUUCGGGAGCUGUGCGCUUCAAUUGGAGAGAAGCUCGUCAUUCACGAAUAUGAGCGUCUAAGUCCCUUGCAUAUGGCCGACAGGAGUUUGCGGGGCGAUCUGAAAAAGCUGCGAAAGGGUGAUUGUAUCGUCAGUUUCAGUGUAAUGGGCAUUCAUGCGCUCCGCAAGCAGAUUGAACAAUCUACUGGAAGAAAAGUCGCCACAGUAUAUGGUAGUUUACCACCGGAGACUAGAGCGCAACAGGCACGCCUGUUCAACGAUCCUGACAACGACUACGACUAUCUCGUUGCUAGUGAUGCCAUUGGUAUGGGUCUGAAUUUGAGCAUCAAACGCGUCAUCUUCGAGUCUUCGGCCAAGUUCAAUGGUUUCCGUCAAAGCACCCUGGCUGUUCCGGACAUCAAACAGAUCGCAGGACGAGCAGGUCGUUUCAAGAGUGCUUAUCAGGCCAACAAAGCUUCUGAGGAAGCCGUCGCACAAAGCCUUGCCGAGGUAAAGGGAGAAUCAGAACCUGGCAAAGAGACCAUAAUUGAAGCUCCUGUCGCGGCCUCUCCCUCUCAAGAUGUGCAGACAUCGACCGACGCCGUCGAAACCGAGAAAAAUCUCGAUGCUGCGAAAGAGCCUACCACUUCUGAGGAUUCAACGUUAGGCCUCGUGACUACGCUCGAAGAUUUCGACUUUCCCGUGAUCGCAAAGGCGAUGACCACUGAACCCGAGCCUAUUCGCUCUGCAGGAAUCUUCCCUCCAGCAGCCAUCGUCGAGAGUUUUGCCUCGUAUUUCCCUCCCGGUACACCUUUCUCUUACAUUCUUAUGCGCCUGCAUGAGCUUUCUCAGAUGCAUUCAAGGUUCCAUCUCUGCGGCUUGAAAGAUCAACUCUGGAUAGCCGACCUGAUUGAACCUAUCCAAGGUUUGACUGUUACAGACCGCAAUAUCCUCUGCGCAUGUCCUGCAUCCAAGACUGAUAAGGAUCUAAACAAGAGAUUGAUCCCUGCUCUGGCUCGUUGCAUCGAACAACAAAGUGGUGGUGCUCUUUUCGAUAUUGAAGAAAUGCCUCUUGAGACAUUGGAAUUGGAAAUGUCACCGAGCAGAGAUUAUCUCCGCCAGCUCGAGCAAUUGCACAAAGCUGUUGUUGCUUAUCUGUGGUUGAGUUAUAGAUUCGCCGGAAUCUUUUCCACACGCCCGUUGGCUUUCCACGUCAAAGGACUUGUAGAAGAGAAGAUUGAACACGUCCUUCAUCAAUUCUCUUUCACCGAGAACCAAAGGAGGAAGAUCAAGGCAGCACGAGAGAAGGCAUUGAUGGAAGACUUCCGAAGAGAGUCUCUGCUCGAUGUUGAAGGAGAAGAUCAAGAAGCGACCGAGGACACGGAUCAGCAAACCAGUGUAAUUGCGGGAGGUGAUUCAUUCGCAGGAGAGACAGAUCUCGAGAUCAUGGACGCAGCCGAGAGAGAAUCGAACGACGAGUCUGCACAGGUUGUGGACUCGGAUGAUCUGGCGCCCAAAACAACAUGACUUGGCUGCUGAGCACACAUGGCGCGAAAAGUUAUCUUGCAUCAUGUGUACAAACAAACAUUGGUCCAAGGGAUAUAGACAGCAUGUAUUAUAGUAAUGAAUAACGUCCAAAUUAGAAGAAUUCAAGUCGCAAACAUGACGAGUUGCCAACUUGAGAGACGUUGGCUGCCG